AUGCAGUGUAUUUCCCUUUUUGUAGAAAAUUCCAUUCUGGAAGACAAGAAAACUGAAGAGGUGGUGGAUGAGGAAUGUGAACUGGUGGUGACGUUCUGUAAACAAGGGAAAGUGAUGCCUCAUGCAAGAUAUGACUGUAUGACACACCCGUUUGAGCGAGCAGAAUGUGAAACGUGUUCACCCCUUGCGAACAAUGCCAAUAUCUGUGAUCAGUGUUACUGCUACAUUUGUGAUAAGCUGGCGUCUGAGUGCCAGGACUGGACAGCCCCUUCUCAUUGCCACUGCAAUGCACAUAACAAAAGCACAUUCUGGAAAGAUCAACGUGGUCUGGCCUUAGCUGGUGUUCUUGUGAUGUUCAACUUGGAGCUCACGGACAUAGAUGCAGACCUUCGCCAUGGUGGAAGUCUUCUGAUAAAAUUUGUCCAUGAACUUUCAGUGGAAUAUAACAAAUACCUGGCUGGCGAAAGAGUGCCUCCCAAUUCAUCUGAAUGUUUCUGUCAUCCAAAACGGGGAUCCGGGCAAUGUAAUACCUGCAGACAGCACCAUAUGGAGGUUCUAUACAGGUAUUCUGGCAUUUUUGAACUUGUAACAACAUUUAUAAAUCAGGCAGAAAAAGAGAAUCCUAAAGCUGCUGCUAUCAUGCUCCUGGGAGCAGCCAAAGAAAUAACACUUCAUAAGGACCCUGUUCAGAACGUGCAGAAUCUUGGUCAUGCUGCAUCUUUGAGGGUGGCUGUACCUCGCCUUAUGGAAAGGAUUACAACACAACUCCAGAGGAUGCUCGUGCUGUGUGACUUUCCAAAAGUUCUGUAUGAAAAGUUCAUUAGUUUUUUCCAGGCUAUUACGCUUCCUUGUCACUGCUAUGCCUUCUCAAAUAGCCUAAAUGUAGUGCCAUGGGAUCAUGGAUUACUAACAACUGUCUUAAAAGGCCAGAACAUCACUGGUCAAAGAACACAGAAAGGGAAGAAAGUGUUUCUGUGGGAAGUACUUCCUGUCAUACAGGCUCGAGUAGAAAAAAUGGAAAACCAGCAACACUAUAAGGAAAUAGUUCGCUACUUGAAAGCUGUGAAAUGCAAUGACAGUCAAGGGUUAAGAAAGCUUAGAGAUAAAAUCCCAUUCUACUUGUGCAAAAGUGGAGACUUCGUUAGUGCUGUACAUUCAUUGUUGCUUCCCUUCAAUAACCUUGCAUGCUGUACUGCCUGCCGGAUAACCCCUUUCCAGUUUGAGAUCUACCUAAAGAUGUUCAGAACUGGCAGUGUUCCCUCGGGAAAUAAUUUUCAUGAUGCUGGAGAAUGGACUUCAGUUGGUACUCCUUUGAAGAUCUCCGUUCUAAUUAAGCAUGCAUUCAAACUCCUUUACUGCAAUCUGUCAUUAUACAGGAAUGCCAAAUGUUGGAGCACCCUAAUCUUGAUUUUGGGUAGUAGCACCACUCUCGAGAAAACUGGGCAUCUUUUUGCUGUCUCAUUGAAAGAGCCACCGCCUGACUUCCAAGAGAUGGUGGUAUCCUUAUCGUCCGUUCUUUUAAAUGAACUGAAGACAAAAGUCAACGUUUCUCUGCCACCAAAGGUGUUUGCUGCGCCUUUACAGCUUGAGGCAAGUCUUAUUCUCACAGUGCAAGCAGUGCAGCAGAUGCUCCAGAACGACCUCUCGUACUUGAGUUCCUUUCUAGAAAUAACACUAGCUUUCGGGAAUAACUUCUGGGCUCUGAGGCUAUUAUUAAAUGGCCUUUGCUAUGAAGAACACAUUCUCCAUGGCACUGUUAGCUUGCUUCUGAGGGAUCUGAAUUUUCAGAAGAUGACUUUGUUGAACCUGUGGAAAAAACUUGGUCCUCAGUAUGUGGGUGAAAUGCUCUGCCUUUACCUGACUUGCAGACAUAAAAAGAUACAGUCCGUUGGCCUCCUCAUCAUCCGUAUCAUUAGCGAGAACCUAUAUAUGUGUCCAUGGGCAAAGCAUCUUUGGAGCUUUCUGAAUACAGAAUUAAGGAGGCUGCCUCUUGGCACCACAACUGAUCACGAAGUUGCCAAGUUCAUAGAUGUUUUGGAAAAAAUGUAGCUCUUCGAGGUUCUCAAGACCUCGCUGACAGGCCACGAGCCACCUCCCACUCACCAGCCUUUUGUUAUUCUCCCUGCCAAAGAACUGAUUUUGCAAACAAAUUUGUAAAAACCCCAUGCAAGCCUAAACUUAGGUGUUGAAUGGAGGAGAUGCUUGAGCCAAAAGAUGCUAAACACUUGCUUGAUGGCGCGUGCUCUAGCAGUUCUUUGCAAUCUGGCUUUUCUAGAAUAUAAAUGAACAUGCUUACUGGGCUGCUUAUGGAAGUGCGGGGAAAGCAACAGAUAUAGUCUGUGCCAUGAAACAUGCACGCUGAUCUGUGAAAUCAGCAGCAGAGGACUUGCUGAGGGAGCAGACAGCUCCUGGAGAACAGAAACUUUUAUUCAUGGUCCUGCAAAAGUUUGAUAAUAGUGUGUGUCCUCUGGAAUCCCUCUUGUAUGUAGCAUCAAAUUAUGUAUAUGAACCACUUGUUUUAGAUUUUCUCCAUUUUCCUGGAUUUCUCCAAUCCCAAGUGCUCAUACAGAAACUUGAAAUGGUUCUAAUGCUGUAAAUUAAUAGUUUGUAAAGAGAAAUUUUAACUUUCAGGUUUGUCAGUAUGAGUUCCAUUUUUUUUUAUGUUGCAGUUCAUGGCCACUUGACUGGUGCUAACACCUCAGGGUUACUUGAAUUGCUGUCAUAAUUGUAGUUUAAACAGUUGACUUUAAAACUGGGAUGUAGAACUAGAGAAAUGUAAUCAGGGACAGCCAAGCAUGUGAGUGAAGAGGAAGAAAUUUUGGCAUGUCCAUGUAUUUUAUUUUGCACAUUUAAGACUUCCUAUGGCUUUUCCUGCCUAUUCGUGUCAAGUUUGGCUACAGUAUUUUCUUUACAAAAACAUUUUUAUACAAGAUUUGUCACUUCUUUAAAAGUGAAUGUAUCUAAACCCUUUUAUAAAAUGUUUAAAAAAUCAUAAGUAUUGUCGUGCUCUCUUCUGGUGUGCAUUUGCUUACUUCAAAUAAAAUUU